AGUUUACUCCGUACAGAAGCCCCCAGAUGAGUGGCCCAAUCUCGAAACACUGCUUGACAACAACUAUAGGAGGAUGCUCAAGCGAGACAUCGACUUGAAGGGUCGUGAGGCAGCCGUGAAGGGCAGCUCCUGUGUGUUCCUUGAUGAUGUCCUUUGCUGCGGCAUGUUUAUAUCAAUAUCAGUCAUUCGGUCUUUGACCAGAAGAUGCCCUUUGACAGAGGAAUACAGAUCCAGGGUGUCCUUCUGCAUCCCCAUCCUCGUCAAUGCAUCCAUGGCCUAUGACGUGUCGAAGAGACGAACGCCUGAAAUGGUCAAGCAGGGGAAGCCCGUUGGUGUGCCGGACACCUAGUUUGCAUCUCCUAGAUGUGACUGCGUGAUACAGUGACAGUUGGACCGCUGUUAGAUUUCAAAUUGCCUCGGGAAUAGGCUAUGUUCUGCCGAGGAAUUUAGCUGGAAUGCCGCUCAACGAAGAUGGUAUGCCGCCUCGACAGUGUUUCGUCAUUCGAGUAGAAACGGAGGAGGAGGUUGGCAAUGCCAGGGCAGUGCUGAUGGAAGCGGUCCGUUGCCGCGCCAAAGCUAUCGAAGAGAGACUGGGAUCAGAGCAUUUUGAAUCCCUCAAGGCAUCGAGCCGGCUGGCCAACGUGCUGACGGCACGCGGUGACUAUGCCAAGGCGGAGCCACUGUGCCGGCGAGUCCUGGCAAUCAGCGAAACUGCAACCCUCAGAGAGGUACACAAUCUCACGGAUAUGCUGCGACUUGCAGGGAAGCUGCUGGAGGCUGAGACUUUGUGCAGAAGAGCUGUGACUGAACGCGAAAGUGCGCUGGGAGAGAUGCAUGCGGAGACCCUACAGUCAGUGAACAUGCUCGGGAUAGUCUUGUGGCAGCGGAGGAAACUGGAAGAGGCUGAGGUGCUUUGCAGGAAAGCUUUAGAGGGACGGGAGACUCUGCUCGGGGCGAUGCAUCCGGACACAUCGCAGUCAGCCAAUAAUCUUGCGUUGGUGCUGCAGAAGCAGGGCAACCUCGAAGAAGCGGAAGUACUUCACAGAAGAGCGCUAGCAGGCCGUGAAGCUCAACUGGGACCUAAUCAUCCGGACACAUUGCAGUCCGUUAACAACCUUGCUUGGUUGCUGGAGAACCAGGGCAAGCUCGAGGAUGCCGAAGUGCUUCAGAGAAGAGAUCUGGCAGGCUGUGAAGCUCAACUGGGAGCUAGUCAUCCGGACACGCUGACGUCCGUUAACAACCUUGCAAAAUUGCUGAAGAAGCAGCGCAAGCUCCAAGACGCCGAAGGCCUUUUCCGAAGGGCUUUAGCGGGCCGUGAAGCUCAGCUUGGAGCCCGUCAUCCGAGCACCCUGAAGACCGUCUUCAAUCUCGCGCGCCUUUUGGAGGCGAAGGGCGGCCACCUGCCCGAGGUGGAAGAGCUCUAUCUCAGAGAGUUGAAGGGCAUGGAGGAGCUCGAUGGCCCUGACCACCAGGAGACGCAACGCAGCCGCAGAAAUCUGGAGCGCUUCCGACGGAAACACGCCACCGGCUGAGGCCCUUGCAGGCG